CGUCUGGCCGGGGAGGAGCCAGGUAGCGGCUAUACUGACACGUAACAAGACUGCGUGAAUUUUUAAGGAAGAAGCUACAUCUUUCCCUCAAGUUGGAUGUGGAUACGUCUGCUUCUCCCUCAGACUUGAUGCACAGUUGACCCGCCGCGGACCGGAGGCCUUCGAAGCGACCCGGUACUCUCACAGACAGGAGCCGACGCGCAAGAUGAGAUUUUCGGCGUUUAUUUCUGUGCUGCGGUCGGUCGGCCCGGUGAUAAUCGGCAUUUCUUUAGGGUUCACGUUGAGUUUAUUGAGUGUAAACUGGACGGAGGAAGCGUGUGAACUAGACGGUAAGAAAGUUGAGGAUGUGACUUCGGGUCAGGAUGGACAGCUUAAAGGAGCCCGAAAGCCCAACUCCAUCUCCACUGUCAACGACGUGGAGUCCGAAGAGGAUUUUGAACCAAAAAUACUCCCAUAUAAACAAGUCCAGCAGAGUGCCCCUAAGAAAGUUUUCAGGGCUAAAUACAUAAGCACAGAAUUGGGUAUGCGAGAGCGUCUGUUCGUCGGGGUCCUGACAUCCAAAAACAGCAUUAAUACCCUGGGCGUAGCUGUCAAUCGCACCAUUAGCCAUCACCUGGACACAGUGGUCUUCUUCACCGGCAUGCGCAACCGCAAAGUCCCUCACGGCAUGUUUGUAGUCUCUCAUGGAGACGAGAGACUGAUAUGGAACAUGUUUCAGACCAUCAAAUACAUUUUCGACCAUUAUAUCAAUGAAUAUGACUGGUUUUACUUUGUCCAAGAUGACGCCUACACAGAAGCUGACAGGAUCAAAGAACUUGUGGAUCAUCUGAGUAUGGAUCGAGAGCUCUACAUGGGCAGUCCUGAGGAGUUCAUAGGUGGGGAGAUGGAAGGGAAAUACUGCUACGGAGGCUUCGGGUAUCUCCUGUCACGGACUUUGCUCCUGCGACUUCAGCCGUUCCUGGAAAACUGUAGGAAUGACAUCCUGAGCGCCAGGCCCGAUGAGUGGCUUGGAAGAUGCAUCAUUGAUUACACCACCACAAACUGCGUCAGUGAAUAUGAGGGGCUUCACUACCACCACUAUGAGUUGGGAAAAAACUCAGAUCCAAGUAAAGAACAGAAUGAGCAGUUCAAGAAAGCCCUGACUGUCCAUCCAGUGUCUGACCCUGAGCAGAUGUACCGGCUGCACAGAUACUUCACUGAGAUUGAACUCCAGAAGACUUACGAUGAGAUUGCUAAGCUGCAGGCAGAAAUAAAGAAUGUGAGUGUGGUUGCUUUUGAGGGCAACCGAAGCGCCCAGUGGCCAGUGGGGAUCAAUCCGCCCUUUGAGCCAAAAUCUCGGUUUGAAGUUCUGAAGUGGGAGUACUUUACUGAGAAGGAGAUUUAUUCAUGCAUCGAUGGCUCUCCUAAGUGUGAGCUGCACGGCAUUGACAGCAUGGAUGUGGCUGAUGUGAUUGACAUAGCCAUGGGAGAGCUGAACAAGAAGUACAAGCCUGUGUUACAUCUGAAGAAGCAGCAGCUGAUUAACGGCUACAGGCGCUUUGACCCCAUCAGGGGCAUGGAGUACACCUUGGACUUACAGCUGGAGGUGGUUAACCAGAAAGGUCACAGCCGUUCCAUCACCAAGCGGGUUCACCUGGUGCGACCUUUGAGCCGGAUAGAGAUCAUUCCAAUGCCCUAUGUCACUGAAGCUACACGGGUUCACAUCAUAAUACCUCUUACCCUGCAGGAACGGAGCUAUGUUGACCAUUUCCUCGAAGUCUUUGCCUCAAAUGCCUUUGAGACGAAUGAAAAUUCCAUCCUAACAUUAUUGUUUAUUUAUGACCCAGUGGAGGCACAGCAAGUUAACCAGAAUGACAUAUUUGCCAGCGUGAAGACUCAGAUAAAUGCUUAUGAACGCAAAUACCCUACUGUGAAAAUCCCAUGGAUAAGUGUUAAGACCGAAACACCAUCCCAGAUCAAAUUCAUGGACAUUAUCUCAAAGAAGCACCCGGUUGACACGCUGUUCUUCCUGGCAAACGUCAACACAAAUGUCAACUCAGAAUUUUUGAACCGCUGCCGUAUGAACUCCAUUAACAACUGGCAGGUGUUCUUUCCCAUCCAUUUCCAGGACUACAACCCCGAUGUGGCUUAUCACAACCAGCAGCGUCCAGCCACAAUUGAUCUGGUCAAGGAUGCCGGCCUUUUUGACCGCAGGUCAUUUGAAGAAGCUUGUUUUUACAACUCUGACUACAUGGCAGCACGCACACGAAUGGCGGCGGAUGUCCAAGAGAAUGAGGAGAUUCUAGAGACCCUCGACAUCUACGACAUGUUCGUAAAGUAUUCUGGCCUGCAUGUAUUCAGGGCAGUAGAGCCGGCAUUGCAUCAGCAGUACCGCUACCAAGCCUGCAAUCCACGGCUUAGUGAAGACAUCUAUCAUAGAUGCGUUCAGAGCAACUUAGAAGGUCUCGGUUCUCGCUCCCAGCUCGCCAUGCUGCUGUUUGAGCAAGAACAAGGUAACAGCACUUGAAAACACCAGUGAAACGUCUAUGCCUGCAUGAGUUCAAAUGGAUGUUAAAAGCUGUGUAUUUCUCUAAAUAGCCUCUUGAUGCAAGCUAGAAUUUGGGAUUCGACUAAACAUAAACAUGAGCAACACUUGCAUUAACUUUACCCUAAACACAGUCCGUGUUUGGGUUUUAGUUUCACACAGCUAGACAUCUUCCAGUGUGCAUUGAAGGUUAUUUGGUGCGUGUAUAACAUUUUAGCUAGUUUGGAAAAAUGAAUGCAGUACAUUCCUAAUGAAACCUUGUUAUGAAAUGUUUACAAUACUUAUCCAUUCAGAUGAGUUACUAGAACCAAAUGUUUUUGAAACCUGCAUUGAGCAAUUCUUGAGCACUAGGUUCCAGCAGCAGCAUCAGAGCCUUGACGUACUGUUGGAUUAUCCAGUUCCUAUGAUUAAGGUGUCCACCACUGUCCAGCAGUCAUAGGAUAACAUAAGUAACCCAUUGGUGGUAUCUUUUUCUCCACCUGUCUAGUGUUAUUCCAAUAUUCACUAGGAUUUUUAUCCUGGUUUUGUGCACCAACUCCUUUCCAUUAUUUUGCACUAGGUGGGUAGCAUACAAUAGACACGAGAUAAUGUGCAGGGUAUGGCUGCCUUUGGAUAUGUUUGAUGAGGUCAAAACAAUGAUUUGAAAGUGGCAGAAAGCUGCAGUGGCGUCAGAAGUACUAAGCAGUCAUUUGAUUCAAUGUUAACAUCAAAGCUAUCAUUUGAAUGGAGCUAUGAUGUAUAACCCUAAUGAUACAUGGCAGCACAGUCUGUGUGCCCCUUCACAUAAGAGCAUUGAAACACUGAGCUUUUGAUAUUUACUGAUUUGAGUAUUUACAAAAGCAUAUCGUACAUGUGCCUUGUCACUGACUUUUCAUAUGCUGGCUGUGUUGAAAUGAUCUUUUAUGUAUAACAGUUUCGCAAUCCACCCCUUCAGGUGAUGCACAGCUGCUGUUUUUAGUCAGAAUUUUGGUAUUGUUGCAACAUGAUUACCCAAUAUGAAUGAGUGGGAGAUGUUAUCUCUCACUGUGGAUAAAGCCUAUUACAUUGGUGGGAGAAUUUAAUGUGUUGUUUUUAUGGGUGACUUGGAAAUGUUAUGAUCCUGUUCCCAGGUUUUAUACGUGCCUCAAAGUAGGGAAUGGCGUUUGUAGAAAAUACGCAUCAUUGGUCUUUAGAGGUCAUAGAUGAAGGCUAGUGUACGUAUACCAGUGUACAGUAAGCCAGUGUGUAUCUGAGUUAAAUUCUUCUCUUUUUAACCUUUUCUUGAUGUUGCAAGGACAUGUAUCUGCAAGAGACCAAGGAGAAUUAUGACUAAUCUGGGAAAGAAAUCACUUUAGUAAAUGUUUGAAGUGAUUGCCCAGGUGUUUCAUUUUUUUUUCAAGAGUCCUUCAUGAAGUAAGUGGUACUUUGAAACAGUAUUGAAAUUAUUGAACAAAUAAAUGUAUGAAACAUUUUUGGUAACGGUUUAUUUUACAGGUCUCUUGAUUUUAUACUAAUUCCCUGGUAAAUUGCAGGUAUUAAACGAUUGUUUUUAUAACAUUUUACAGAGAGGGUGAUGUGAUUUGGUAGAAAUUUUAAUUAAAAACUUUGGUUUAGUUGAUAAGUACCCAGGCAUUAAUGUUUGGGUUCAUACGUAUUUGUCAGUUUCCAAAAAUUCUAAAUGAAACUCUUGACAAACUGACAGAAUAUAUUUGUUUGUUUACUUGUUUUCAGUGUGUAGUUUUGUGUGUCAAACAAAAUAUUUGCAUAUUAGAUUUUUUCAACAAUUUCCUAAAAGUAGCAGCUGUGUAACAGUUCAUUCUUAGAAUAUUUCUUUGAAAGAAUUAUGUGGUGAUAUACAGGAAUUGUGCUUGUUAUAGAGCCUUUAAGAAACAACCUAAUAUGCUAAUAUGUAGUUUGACACAUAAAACUGCACAUUGAAAACUUACCAGCUAAACCAACUUGACAGUUUUUUUUAAAGUUUUUUUUAUAAUUUGUAAAAUUGCACCACCCUCUCUGUAAAAUGUCCUAGAAAUUAACCAUUAAAUUCCUGCAACUUACCUCCCAGGAAAUUAGUAUAAAAUUAAAGGACCUGGAAAAUAAAGCAUUUCCACAUUUAUCCACGUCACCAAUUAUAGCAAGUUGUAUAUAGUACUUUAAAAGCUGAUGUUAAACUGUUCCAAAGUAUUUUGGAAUGUCUUGUUAAAGAUUUUGUAAGUUAUUGAAUGAGGCCAUUGUUCUCCAUUUCCUGAGCUCAGUUUUAGAAAUGGUUCCUUUCUCCCAGACGCAGUGCAAUCCAAUGGGAGGUCGUUUCUACAUAAUUGAGCGGUGGUGGAGGUAGCGGUACUGGACACAAGAAAGUUAUGAGUGCAGGUUACUUAAAAAGUGCAAUAUUACAGAUAACACAACUGGAUAACUUCCCGAUAGAGGAGAGAAUUUUUAAUCUCAAUGGCAGUUGCUGCAAGUACAGCAGUGUGUGCAUCACAAUACUGUCCAUUACGAUGCAUAAAUUAAGACUCACGCUUUCUGUUUGUUAAGUAAAUACACUGUAUUUUUUUGACAAAACCUUUAAUGUAUUUUGCUGACACUAGACACUUUGCAUAAUCAAAUUUACUGUAAAAUACAUAAAAUGAAGGCAAGUCCUUUUUAUUUAAAUUUAAUUGGAGUCAAAGUAUAUGUUGGGAACACUACAUCAACAAUGGUGAUCCUGAAUUGUGUUUGCUGUAUUUUCUACCAUGUCAACACAGACCAUAGAGGUCAGUUGUUGCUGACUUCUUGCAUUCAUUUUAUGACGCAUCUCUUUCUUGACGAGAGCAGUCUUUCACCAUGACAAAUACUCCGGCUGACGUCAUAUGAAUGUUCUCCUCGAUUCUUUGAAGAGUAUGACACUAAUAAUGUGCGCAGUUGUAAACAGAAUCUUCCAAAAAAAAAAAACCACUGUGAAAAACGGAGGGCCAAGAGUACAAUAUGAAGUUAUUGUGGUGAUCUGUAAUGUCUUUGCCUCCUGUAGAUUUGAGAAGCUUAAAAUUAAGGGAGCGUGGCAGACUAAUCACCCCGUGCUGUUAACACAGCCCUCGUCACUGAGUGGAUUCUCUAAGUAUUUUGUCCAUAACUUAUUUAUCUGUCACUUCUCUAUGAAUUAUGCAGAUUCUGAAAACUUCCGCACUAACAGAGGUUUUUCAUGACAUUCUCUGUAUAUGUAUAAAUAUUUUAUAGACACUCUAUUUUUAAACCUUUUUUAGCUUUAUUUACACAGCAAUUUAUAUUUUAUUAUUUCUGGUGACAAAAUUAUAUAUAUUCUGUAUCUAGCUUUGUAUUUUGUGUCAUGUCAUCUGACCAUGAAGACAAUUUAAAAUGUGUGCAUUUCACUUUUCAAUCAAGUAAUUCAUUUCAAAAACUACUUUCAGAAGGCUCACAUUGUUUGGUUUACAUUAUUUUUCUGCAUAUGGGUACUAGUAUAACCAAAGCAAUACAUUUUAAUUAAUGCUCAUCACAUUUAAUUGUGUGCUGUAAUUCCCAAUGAACUGUGAAUUAUUGUAAUUUUUUAAUAAAGAGUAUUUGAAUAUUUA